CGGCUCCAGCGGUGCGGGGAUGGCCAGCGCCGGGAGAGCCCCCGGGCCGGGGCUGCCGUGAGUAGGGGGCUGCGGUGUCCCUGCGCCGGGAUGGAUGGCUGGGGGGCUCUCUGGCCGUCUCUGCUGGCUGCGUUCUCCCGGGGAUGCCCCUGGAGGACGGGGACCCGCCGAGGGGACAGCAGGUCAGCGGUGCGGCCAGCGGGGUCCCCCGGCUCAGGGGGAUGGGGGAGCCCUCGCUGCGGGGCACGGCACAGGCGAUGGCACAGCGCUGUGAGCCGGGGCCAGCCCGGGGCAGUGGGGACGUGCCCCCCGGGGCAGCCCCACGGCAGCCCGAGGAAGCCCUGAUGGCCGAGCUUUCCGAGCUGGUGCAGAGGGUGGUGAAGAGCAGCAGCUGGUGGGAGCGGCACGGCGUGGACAUCAGCAUCCUUGCCUGCAGCUUGCUGCUGCUGCCAGCAGGGUUCCUGUGCCUGCGGUCGUCCCAGGCCAUCCCUUUCCUGGCGGGUGUCCUCACCCUCGGCGUGGUGCAUCACACCCUGACUGUCAAGGGCAGCCACCUGGCCAGCCACAAUGCCUUGACUGAGUCCAAGUCCUGGAGCAAAGUGUGGGCUGUCUUCUUCAUUGAGCUCUGCUCAGCUUUCACAGUCGAGCAGGCCACGUACAACCAUGUGAAGAUCCACCACGGCUACACCAACAUCAUUGGGCUGGGGGACUCCAGCACGUGGAAGCUUCCUUUCCUGAACCGCUACGUCUACAUGUUCGUGGCUCCUCUCGCAGUGCCCAUCCUCACCCCUCUGGUGGCACUUGAUUUAUUGAGGAACGUGGAGUGGAAGGCGGCUCUCCGGACCCUCUGCUGCAUGUUUCUGGGGUUUUACUGCCACUACUGGCUCCUGCUCCAUGUCUCGGGCUUCCAGUCGCCAUGGUCUGCCCUGCUCUGCAUGCUGGUCACCCGCUCCCUGCUGGCCCACCCCUACAUCCAUGUCAACAUAUUCCAGCACAUUGGCCUCCCCAUGUUCGCGGCCGAGCGCAAACCCAAGCGGAUCCACCUCAUGAGCCUGGGUGUCCUCAACCUGCCCCGCAACGCCCUCCUCGACUGGUCCUUCGGCCACUCGCUCAUCAGCUGCCACGUGGAGCACCACCUCUUCCCCAGCCUCUCUGACAACAUGUGCCUGAAGAUCAAACCCGUCGUCUCCCAGUACCUGAAGCAGAAGAAGCUGCCCUACAACGAGGACAGCUACAGCUCCAGGCUCUGGCUGUUCCUGCAGAGAUACGAGGAGCUGAUGGUCCAUGCUCCCCCCAUAACGGAGCUGGUGGGCAUCCAGUGAGGACCACAGGGGCUGCAGCACCUGGGGGCUGUUUCCCACAGGGACAUUCGGAGGGAUGGUUUGUGCAGGAGCCAGCACCUCCAUGAAGUCGUGGUGUAGGAAACAUCCCUCCCUGAACUCUUGCUUUUGGCUAGGAAAUGGUGCACAGAGCCAUUGCAGGGGGAGAGCCGGGUGGUGCAACACCAGGGACACAAAAAUCGGGGUUCCCCACAGUUAUUCCCAGCCAGGGCUUACUUUUAUCCACUCUGCUUUGACACUUGGGGAGAGGAAAGCACCCCAUCCAUGGAGGAUGUGCCACCACGUCCAGGACAUCCAGACCUGAGAAGCACCAGGAUCUGCAGGAUGGAGCUGCAGCUGUUUGUUUGGGGUCUCAGGGAAGGGGUGGAUGUGGGAAGGGGGCUGUGUCACUGCUGCUUGUGCUUUGGGCUAAAUCAGCCCCUUCUAGGAACAAAGAUUUGUUUCAAAGACAAGUUCAGCCUUACC